AUGUGCCCUUUAUUUGGCCGUCUAGCACGUGCUCUAAAUAUUACGCGCAACCCCUACUGCAGAUGGUGCCAUCCUCUACAGGAAGGAGGGCAUGCACCUGCCCCGCCUAAAGAACCUACCCCAGCGACGCCUCUUCGAAGUAUCAGAUUGAGACCUAAUCGUUCUACAUCCACCUGCCCAAUCUGUAAAUCGGUUUACACGUCUGUCGCAACCAUGAAACUUCAUGCGAAACGCGUGCACCCAGGAAUAUCGAUCAUAGAGGAGGGGUUAGUACGUGGAUAUUGUUCCGGUGCUAAAGUCUUUAAGACAUCUGCAUCGCGUGCGGGUCAUUAUCGCAAAUGA